GCGACAAUUACCAGCCCUGAGACUAGUCCUUAAACUCGCGCCUGCGCACGGCCGCCUCACUUCUUCCCGCGUUUUUCUGGAUUCUUCCGCCACCGGAAGGGAAGCGGCGGGCGUCUGUGCUGGAGGUGGUGUGACUGCAGAAACCUGUGGGUCCCGAGGCCGCGACCUUUCCUCAACCCUGCUCGGCCACAAGUCCCCGUUCCGGGUUCAGACAGUGAGGCUCCUCUUUGACCCAAGAAUACGACGCGCCUCCUUCCGGGAGUUCCCGGCCCUGAGAGGGACGCAGGCCUCAGUGGCCUGCUCCACCGAGGCCAAGAAACCCGGCCCCAGAGCCGAUCUAACGAGCGUUUUAGAAGGCUUCACAGCACACUUACCGCAGGGUCAGAGAAACCAGGCUCAGGAAGAGGAGAGAACGCCAGCUUUUCUCACUCCAACAGCAUUACCGGCCCUGUUCUAAUGGCACCUCUCAGCCAUUCCAUGUGGAAUCAGGGUCCAACUUUCUAGGAGUGAAAGCCUGGGUGCUUUGGAGUUUUGCUUGUUCAUUUUUUUCUGUUUGAGCUGGUUCCCUUGCACCAGGCAAUUGACGUUUCCGAAGCCUCGGGAGCGGGAUCUGUUUAGGGGCCCUGGUGUGUGCCUUGCUCUGUGCUUGGGGAGCAACUCCAAACCCAUUGUGGGUGUCUGGGUGGUAGGUCUUUAAUCCCCUGAUGCCUUAGGUCAAAAGUUUUUCAUGCCCACCCGGAAUUCCAGAGCAGUUCGCUUGGAAGGAAGGGGGAUGGUCAUGGCUGGGGAUGGAGAAGUGGUGGGGCAGGAGCCUUUGCCUCUCUUGUCUUCCCCUAGCUGGACCACUAUGCUUACCCUCCGGUCCUCCUCCCGGCUGCAUAGCUCCUCGUCCCCAAGCAGCGUGUCCUCCCCACUGCAGAGAGAAAUAGGAGGUGGGCAGAGGGGCUUGUCUGCAUCUUCUAGUUCAUCUGUCAAUGUGCCCUGUGACGACAGGAACUCGGACCAGGCUUCAGAGGGGAAUAGUGAUUCUUUGUCAGCCGAUGAAGGCAGUGACUUUGAAGACAGCUUGAGACGCAAUGUGAAGAAGAGAGCUGCAAAACGACCACUCAAAACAACCCCAGUGGCAAAACAGCCAAAAAAGGGGUCCCAAAUGGUACGUGGGCAUAGCCAGAAAGAGUCCAAGCCACCAGCCAGUUAUCUCUUUGAUGCUGUGAAAGCUGCCAAAAGUGACAUGCAGUCUUUGGUGGAUGAGUGGCUGGAUAGCUACAAGCAAGACCAGGAUGCAGGAUUCCUGGAGCUCAUUAACUUUUUCAUCCAAUCUUGUGGAUGUAAAGGCACUGUGACCCGCGAGAUGUUCAAGAAGAUGUCCAACUCUGAGAUCAUCCAGCACCUAACAGAACAGUUUAAUGAGGACUCAGGAGACUAUCCCUUGACAGCUCCAGGUCCUUCCUGGAAGAAGUUCCAGAGCAGCUUCUGUGAGUUUGUGAAGACAUUGGUCUAUCAGUGCCAGUACAGCCUCCUCUAUGAUGGCUUCCCUAUGGACAAGCUCAUCUCCCUGCUCACUGGCCUUUCAGACUCCCAAGUCCGUGCCUUCCGUCACACUAGCACACUGGCCGCCAUGAAGCUAAUGACCUCCCUGGUAAGAGUUGCCCUCCAACUGAGUCUGCACAAAGACAACAAUCAGCGUCAGUAUGAGGCUGAACGAAACAAGGGGCCAGGACAGAGAGCACCUGAGCGGUUGGAGAGCCUGUUGGAGAAACGCAAGGAGCUCCAAGAGCAUCAAGAGGAGAUUGAGGGAAUGAUGAAUGCCCUCUUCAGGGGUGUCUUUGUACAUCGGUAUAGGGAUGUCCUUCCUGAGAUCCGUGCUAUCUGCAUUGAGGAGAUUGGGUCUUGGAUGCAAAGCUACAGUACCUCUUUCCUUACUGACAGUUAUUUAAAAUAUAUUGGCUGGACCCUGCAUGAUAAGCAUCGGGAGGUCCGUCUGAAGUGCCUGAAGGCUCUGAAAGGGCUGUACAGCAGCCGGGACUUGACCACCCGCCUGGAGCUCUUCACCAGCCGCUUCAAGGACCGGAUGGUUUCCAUGGUCAUGGACCGAGAGUACGAUGUGGCAGUGGAGGCCGUCAGGUUGCUAAUACUUAUCCAUAAGAACAUGGAAGGGGUGCUGACAGAUGCAGACUGUGAGAGCAUCUACCCCGUCGUGUAUGCCUCCAACCGAGCGCUGGCCUCUGCUGCAGGGGAGUUUCUCUACUGGAAGCUCUUCUACCCUGAGUGUGAGACCAAAAUGACCAAAACAGGGGGAAAAGAGCAACGCCGAAGUCCCUGUGCCCAGAGGACUUUCUUCCACCUUCUGCUGUCCUUCUUCAUGGAAAGUAAGCUCCAUGACCAUGCUACUUACUUGGUAGACAGCCUGUGGGACUGCGCAGGGUCUCAGCUGAAGAACUGGGAGAGCCUAACAAGCCUGCUGCUGGAGAAGGACCAGAACCUGGGCGACAUGCAGGAGAGCACACUGAUAGAAAUCCUUGUGUCGAGUGUCCGGCAAGCUUCAGAGGGUCACCCGCCUGUGGGGCGGGUCACUGGGAGGAAGGGCUUAACCCUGAAAGAACGGAAGAUCCAAGCCAAUGAUAAGGUGAAGCUGACCGAGCACCUCAUCCCUCUGCUCCCCCAGCUCCUAGCCAAGUUCUCAGCUGAUGCAGAGAAGGUCGCCCCCCUGCUCCAGCUCCUCAACUACUUUGACCUCAACAUUUACUGCAUCGGGCGCUUGGAGAAGCACCUGGAGCUGUUCUUGCAGCAGCUCCAGGAGGUGGUGGUAAAGCAUGCAGAGCCAACAGUGCUCGAGGCUGGUGCUCAUGCCCUCUAUCUGCUCUGUAAUCCUGAGUUCACCUUCUUCAGCCGGGUGGACUUUGCCCGCAGCCAGCUGGUGGAUCUGCUGGCUGACCGCUUCCAGCAAGAACUUGAAGAACUGCUGCAGUCAUCCUUCCUAGAUGAGGAUGAGGUGUACUGUCUGGCAGCCACUCUGAAGCGCCUCUCCGCUUUCUACAAUGCUCAUGACUUAACCCACUGGAAGCUCUACGAGCCAUGCUACCAACUCCUCCAGAGGGCUGUGGACACAGGAGAGAUUCCUCGCCAGGUGGUCCUGCCAGCCUUGAGUCUCAUCUAUGUUUCCAUUCUCUGGACACUAACCCACCUUUCUGGAUCAGGUGCUUCCCAGAAGCAGCUGUUGAGUUUGAAGGGCAGAAUGGUGGCCUUCUGCAAGCUCUGCCAGAGCUGCCUCUCAGACAUGGAUCCGGAGAUCCAGGAGCAGGCUUUUGUCUUAUUAAGUGAUCUACUUCUCAUCUUCAGCCCUCAGAUGAUUGUAGGGGGACGUGAUUUCCUUAGGCCCCUUGUCUUUUUUCCUGAAGCCACUCUCCAGUCUGAGCUAGCCAGCUUCCUCAUGGACCAUGUCUUCAUCCAGCCUGGAGAACUGGGCAGUGGUCAUUCCCAGGAGGACCACCUACAGAUAGAGCAGCUGCACCAGCGGCGCCGCCUCCUGGCUGGGUUCUGCAAGCUGUUGCUUUAUGGGGUGCUGGAGAUGGAUGCCGCCUCAGAUGUCUUCAAGCACUACAGCAGGUUCUACAGUGACUAUGGUGAUAUUAUCAAGGAAACGUUAACUAGAGCAAGGCAGAUUGACCGGAGUCAGUGUUCCCAGAUCCUGUUGCUGAGCCUCAAGCAGUUGUACACAGAACUGCUGCAGGAACAGGGGCCCGAGGGCCUGAAUGAGCUCCCGGCCUUUACUGAAAUGAGGGACCUGGCCCGGAGGUUUGCCUUGAGCUUUGGACCCCAACAGCUACAGAACCGUGACCUUGUAGUCAAGCUACACAAGGAAGGCAUCAAGUUCUCCUUGUCUGAGCCUCCUCCAGCUGGCUCCUCCAGUCAGCCCCCACAUCUAGCCUUCCUGGAGCUCCUUUCAGAAUUUUCCCCUCGACUCUUCCAUCAAGACAAGCAGCUGCUACUCUCCUACCUGGAAAAGUAUCUGCAGCAUUUCUCCCAGGCACCUGGCCAGCCCUGGGGUCCUGUCACCAUCUACUGCCACUCCCUCAGCCCUGUGGAGAGCAUGGCAGAGGCCAGCCCUAGGGGCUACCUCCGCCCCAAGAGGAGGCGCCUGGAAGGCCCCGCCAGGCAGCACAGAGAGGAUGUCUCUUCAUCCCAGGAGGAAAGCCUACAGCUGAACAGUAUCCCUGCCACCCCGCCCCUCACAUCCACGGCUGUGAAGAGCAGGCAGCCCCUGGGGGGGUUGGACAAGAUGGAAGAAGAAGGCGCCUCAGAACUGCAGUUUACCCAAGGCCAUCCCCUGUCAGGCACCCAGAGGUCAAGGUUCUCGGGCCCACAGCAUUUCUGGACUCCAUGCAACCCUCUAGGUCCUGGUUUGGGCAACCAGCUGAACCGACUCAGCCUUAUGGAAGAGGACGAAGAAGAACUAGACAUUCAGAAUGAGUUAAGUGGAGAAUGGCAGGAUAUGGACAAGGACUCUUCCCCCAGUGAGCACAGGCUGGACCUCUUAGAUUCUAGAGAGCUAAACAUCGAGGUGGAGAGAGGCUGCAGCCAUCGCCUGCCCUCUCAGCUGUCCUGGAGCUUCAGGCGUGACCCUGUGGAAGGUGGGAAAACUGAUCUCUGACAUGACUCUAUCCUCCCCUUCUCCACUCCCCACCUCAACGACAUGACCAUUUGGAAAAGGCAAACAGGACAACAAGCAAAGUAACCAUUAUGUCCAGCACCAUCCUUACCUGCUGGGUCUCUAAGGGGGAGGAAAGGGGGGCUGUGCCUUUCUACGAACCUUUCUCUGAUGAUUUGGGGUAGAGAGGUCUUAAGCCCCAUCCUCCUGAAUGUACCCCAGCUCUGCCCUUGGUGUGGAGCAGGUACCUUUCUCUUGCCCUGUUUGGGGUAAGGCAUAGCCUCAGCCUUGGAGAAGGGCCAUGUUGAAUGGAAAGAGCCCAGUCGUCUUCUUGUGUUUUUGGAACAUCUGUCCUAGCCUUUCUAGAGAAUAGCUCAAUAAAUACGUUUGAAUCGGCUGCUUCUCAGGCUGGUAGAGGUCAGGUUCUUUGGUGGUAUUUUAAGCAGCCCUGCCUGACCCAGGGUCCCAGAAUACCAUGCACUACAUCCCCCCAGGUGCUUUAUAUACUGGCUCUCAUGGCUGUGCUGCGUGGAAAUGUGAGGGCAGGCAGAGGCAUCAGGGAGACCGCCUGCCUUUGAGUAGUUUCUCUGGGGAGGCCGAGAGGGAAAGCAGUACCCUGAUGGGCUGGAGGGUGGGCUGCCCAUCUUUCCUACACUGAGCCUGGCCAGUCCACACAGCUCAGCAGCCUUUACCCAACGGUUCCUUCCAGGGGUAAUUUCAUGCUCUUAUGCCAGAGACACCUGACAUAAUUUGAAAUUUCAUGGAAUCUCAAUAUCUGAGAGUUAGAAGGAACCUUAGAAGUUGCUGUAAAUGUCCAACUCCAGAAUCCUAGCCCUUGGCAGCGCCUUUUCCUUCAUCCUUGCCUUCCCCAGCUAGCUCUUCACCAAGUCCUGUCACUCUCCAAAAUAGAUCUCUGAUCUCUCUCAUUGUCUCCUCAUCUCUCACCUAGAUUGCCACAAAAUAGCCCCCUUGAAACAUGUCUGCUCUUCUCCUGGGAGGAGCCCACACCUCUGCUCUCUGCAGCCACACACAGGAAGGCACUUGUUCCUUUCUACUUUGUUUAAGGAACCCUUCAGCCUCUCCUUUUAGAUAUGAUUUCUGUCCUCCCUGUCCUGGGCAUCUGCUGUAAUUUCAGGUUCUCACUGGCCUCCCAGCCUAUAUGCAGCCACCCAGCUAGUGUCUGUGUGGAAGGAGCCAUGACUUUGUGCCAUCAGGUCAUGCAGCCAAACCCAUUUCUCCUGCCUUUCUUUGGAAAGGUGCCUCCCAGUUCCCAGGGGGCAGCUGGCCCAUUCAGAGACCUGUAGCCUGUGUUCAGAGGGAACAGCUCAGGGAGAGGAGCUUUUUCUAUGUGAUCUGGCAACAGGGUGGGAAAACCGAGGGGAAGAUACAAAGGUCACUAAGGAUCCAGGAGGGGAAAGAUUCCUGAGUAAACAGCAACCAAGCUGAGGGUGCAUCACAAGAUGAGAAACUUGAAAGCUCUGGAAAUGUGAUAUUCAUGCAGCCGGACAGCCCAGUGGUGGAUUGAGUCCCAACCCUAAAAUCUGCACAGUUCUGCCAUGCUCCCAAAAUUCUUUGAUGCUUUUUAUCGAGAGGGCAGGUCUAGGGCCUCUCCCCUUGCAUAUGGGCUCUGCGAUUGCAUUAUUAGCAGAAUGUGGCAGGGUGAGGCUGUGCCAGUUUCUGAGCCCAGACCUUAAAGAAACAACAGCUUCCACGUCCUGUUUCUUGGGAUAUUCACACCUGUAACCCAGCCACAUGCUGUGAGACAAGGCCCCGGCGGCCCCAUGGAAAGGCCACAUGUGGGUGUCUGACCGACCGCUCUGAAUGAGGUCCCAGCCUACAUCUGGCACCAACCACCAGAUGUGAAUCAGAUGAAUCUAACACCCAGCUUUCAAGCUUUCCAGCUGAGGCCCCAGGCAUCAGGAAGCAGAGACUAUCUUUUCUGUGCCUUGUCCAAAUCCCUGGCCCACAUGACCCAUGAGCAUGAGGAAAUGGUAGUGGUAACACUGCUAUGUCGGGAGUGGUUUGCUAUGUGGCACUAGAAACUGAAACAGAACCUGUGUCCUAAGUAUGGGCUUCAACAGCUUAAAUAAA